AUGAAAGACAGAGCAACAAGCAAGAUCUCAAAAAGAGUCUCAGUAGUACUGUCUGCCAAACACAGGUGAGCGAGAAUGAUUGCAGGGGCCAUCCUAGGCAACUUGCCCUCCACGAACUUCGUAUCCUCCUUUGGCUGGAGUGAAACAUGUUCCUAAAGUCAGUUCUUGGCAAUGAUUAUAGACGGUUUGCUUAUGCUGCUGUUAGUGCUUUCUUUAGCACAAGCAUCUUCAUUCCAGAAUGCACCUCAUCCCAAAUUCCUGAACAUUGAUUGGCCAACAAACUGUGGUGUUCCAUAUGUUCAACCAAACACAGUGGAGAGGAUUAUAUCGGGCAACGAAGUAAGGCCACAUUCUUGGCCUUGGCAAGUCUCAUUACAGGUUUGGACUAGAACAAAUAGCAAAUUUAUUCAUGUUUGUGGAGGGACUCUCAUUCACAAAAACUGGGUUCUCACUGCUGCCCACUGCUUCCAGAAAGGAAAGGUAGAAGAUGCAGCAAAUUGGCGAAUUCUCCUGGGCAAGCAUAACCUUAAUCGUACCGAAUCCACAGAGCGAGUCUACAGGGUGAAGCGAAUUUAUCGGCAUGAGCGUUUCCGCUACCCUCACCUAAACGAGCUGGAUUAUGACAUUGCCUUGGUCAAGCCUGUAGAAGACAUUAUAACAAACCAUUUUAUUCGCUAUGCCUGCCUGCCCAAGAGAGACAGCACUCUUCAUCCAGGACAAUUCUGUUGGGUGACUGGAUGGGGGGACGCAAGAGGUGGGAAAGAAAACCUGGCUUUGUCUGAGGUUUUGAACCAGGCCAAGUUACCAGUCAUAGAUUACAGUACAUGUCGCCUAAAGAAGUUCUGGGGAGACAGAGUUCGGCAGUCAAUGCUCUGUGCUGGAUUCAGGGACACUGGGGAGCCUCCUGCUGCUUGUCAGGGAGAUUCAGGUGGACCACUGGUUUGCCAGAUUAGAAGAGAAAAGUGGGAAGUCCAUGGUGUAGUUAGCUUUGGGCCUAUUGGAUGCAAAGUGGAGAACAAACCCAGUGUCUUUACAAGGACUUCUGCUUACAUUUCCUGGAUUGAAGCAACCAGAAUCUGGGACUUCUUUUUGUAA